CGGGCGCGGCUUCAUGUCGAGCAGGUUCAUCUCCCCCGCGGAAAUUCUCCCACAGCACAGGGAGCGGUGGUUGGAGCUUCCCGGCCUUACACCUGGACGGGCUGCUGAACGGCUUGAACGGACUAAUUAGCGCCGAAAUGUUGAGUUUGGGAGGCGGAGGAGCCAAAUCCACCAAACCGUCCUUCGUGUCUUACGUUACGCCCGAGGAAAUAAAAUCUGAGAAGGAGCCACCAAAGAAAGAGAAGCAUCCAGACUUGCUGCCAGGGGAAGUGAUAUUCUGCAGUGCAGACCCCGUCCUCAAACACACUCAAGAUGACCUUUCUCAGCGAGGAAUCUUCGGCACACUUCUUUGCACCAACUUCCGUGUCUCUUUCGUUAGUGACGAGACACCGUUGGAGGAGAUGACACAACACUUCAAGAAUAAGCUGUAUGGUGAAAAUGACAUUCCUCUAAUGUGUGUGGACAACAUCUAUGGAGUUUAUGAUGAGAAGAAAAAGCUGAUAACUAAAGGCAUGCUGAAAAACAAAUGUCCAUCCAAAAUGAUCAUUCACUGUAAAGACUUGCGCGUCUUCCAGUUCUGCUUAACCUACACCAAAGAAGAGGAUGCCAAAAAGAUCUUUCAGGGCAUCGCCCACCACUGCCUGGAGCCCAAGUCUCUCAAGUGUGUCUUUGCGUUUUCCUAUGCUGCGUCAAGUAGUCCAGAGGUGCAGCGGUCACAGAGGACUGUUAUGUUUGACUCAAAAGAAGACUGGACUCAGGAAAUGAAAAGGACCAAAGCAAACCUGAGAAUAGUCACUGAAAAUGAAAACUUUGAGUUCUCCAUGCGGUUACCAAAGUUCUUUAUCAUCCCAGCAGCUGUCACAGAUGAAGAUAUAUCUAAAUUCCCAGGAAAAGGAUUACCAGUGUGGUGUUGGUCCCAUCACAGUGGCUGUGCUAUGUUCAAAGCUUCCACUCUGCCUGUUCCCCAAGAAGAUGGAUUGAUGCAGGGAUACAUGGAGAGAAUGCUACAUGCUGUAGCCCACACCCACCUCUAUUCUUUAAAACUAGAGGAUCUCUCAGAAACACUUCCUACUAUUCAAGAUAUUCAGCAAUCUUACAACAAGUUCAAGCAGUUUUUUCUCAUUGAUAAUUCAACAGAUUUUUGGGUGUCAGAUGUGAAGUGGUUCUCCACCCUAGAAAACACUGGCUGGCUGGACAUCAUCAGACAGUGUCUCCAAAAAGCAGUUGAAGUGGUAGAGUGUCUUGAAAAGGAAAACACAAAUGUCCUUAUAAUGGAGGAGGAAGGUUCAGAUCUGUGCUGCGUCAUUUCCAGUCUGGUUCAGAUCAUGUUGGACCCUCACUUCAGAACGCUCACAGGCUUCCAGGGACUGGUGCAGAAAGAGUGGGUGGCUGGGUGCCAUGCCUUCUUGGAUCGAUGUAAUCACCUCUAUCAGAAGGACAAGGAGUGUCACUCCCCGUCCCCAGUCUUCCUGCUCUUCCUGGAGUGCGUCUGGCAGAUGGUUCAGCAGCACAGCCCAGCUUUCCAGUUCUCCGAGACGUACCUGACUGUGCUGUCCGACAGCAUCCACGUGCCAAUCUUCAGCACUUUCCUCUUCAACUCUGCCUAUCAGAGGGAGAGCACUAUGAAGGCCGAGGCCCAGCACUUACAAAGAGGCCCAUUGAACUGUCCUGCAGUGUGGGACUGGUCGGUGCAGUUUGACUGCAAGGCGCAGGAGCUCUUCAUUAACCCUCUGUACGCUGAUAAGCUGAAACAAGACAAAGCCAUACGCAAAGUUCCUCGAGCCAAGCAUCAACGGCAGUUGUCCUUACCCAGCUCGGCCUUUAAAACUCCACCCAAAAAGGGCUUUUUCAAGGACGAGACGGAGAGCCUGAAGAAGAUGCUCCGUGUAAAGCGUAUCAGCCGUUGGAUGGCUUCACCCGAUUCUCCAGCAGCAGCCACACGUGAGUUUUAUGAGACUUGGCAGCGUCGCCCCCUGGACUAUCAUGGCCUGCUGCUGCCCUGCCUGGAUGGGCCUGCCAUGCGCCUGUGGAUGCAGCGCUACCUCCGCUGGAUCCCGGAGGUGCAGAUCCUGGGCGGGGGGCCUGUGGCCAUCACCAGCAUGCUGGCUGAACUCCUGAGCCAAGUGCAGGACCUCAGGAGGGAGCUGGACAUGAGGAGCUGCUGGGAAACCGAGGCCGAGAGUCUCCAGCUGCGGCCUGGCCCACUGGCCCUGACUCGAACCUCGCUGCGCCUGUCCUCCUCCUUCCCUUUUGCUUCCAACCGCAACUGGACCUUCAAGCCAGCAAUUCCUACAAGCCUGCUGCAGAGCCUUAUGGUGACGGACAGGCUUGCCAGCCAAGAGGACGAGACCAAUGAGGUCAUAAGCUUGGUUUAGGAGUAGGAUACCUCUGUAUAGUGACCUAGCUUAAGGAGGGAAAAAUGGCAGGUUAAGGUGGGCUUUGGCCAUUGAUAUAAACAGUUGGUAAUGAGUAAGUUUAGAGAGACACUGGACUAAUGCAUGUCAUUUUGAGAACACAGCCUUAGUAAUACCAGUUGUGGCCUACUGUAUCAACUCCAAACUUGAAUUGAGCCAUAUAGACAAAGCAGUCUAUAUACAUAAGUAUUGCAUCAAUAAUGUCAUGUUUUUAUAGAUAUUUUUUUUCUUAUUUGACAGUUUCAAGGAUGUACAUCAUAAGUCUAGUAUGAAUCAGGACAGUUAUUCAUAGCAUCACAGAAAUAUGUCACGAAUUAUGUAUGAGUCUUUGUAAGUAUUCUUUAAUAGAGUACAUAAUAGUUGACUAGCACUUUUUGUUCCAGUUACUAGCUACUGUCUAUCUGUAUAAAUGUAAACUGCCAAUAUAAGAGAAUAAUUAGCAGUGUACCAAAUCAGUUUUGUUUAAAUAGGAUAUACUUUCAUUCACAUUGCAUUAUAAUAAUGUUUGAGGAGUUUCUGGAGAAAUGUCAGGACUUAUUUACAAGAUUAUGUUCUUUCCACAUUUGCAUUUAUAUAUUUAGCUGAGGUUCUUUCCAGUUUAAUCAUGUUACACAUGUAGGCAAAUUUAGUGUUAGGUCCCUUAGGAGUUGCCCAAAGACUCUUAUUGGUGUAGCUUGGUGCACUGAGUGGGAAAACCCAGUCUGCUGUGUGGAGGACAGUGGUAUUAGUCACUAUGCCAGUGGUCACCGAACCUCCUUCUGGAGAUCUACUGUCCUGCUGAGUUUAGUUCUGAAGAAGUUAAUUAGCUAAAGCAAGUGUGGCAGAUAGUAACUGGAUUCAACAGAAAAGCUCCAGGAUCAGGGUUGGUAACCACUGGACUACAGUAUACCAAUAGCUGUGCUAAAUAAGUGUGAAGGAUAUAAAUGUUUUAUAGGCUACUUAAUUUAUUUUGCACUAUUAUUAAUAAAUAUGAAAUUUACAGAAAAAUGUCAGAGCAGUUAAUUAGACUUAAGUUAGUUAUUAGAUUAUAAGUUGUUAACUGUGCCUUUAUGUUCAGUUGAUACAUUUACAAUUUAAACUGUCUUUAAACCACAUGUCUUGUCGAUGAUGCAGUAAACAUGACUUAGCAUUAUGUUUUAACAGUCACUGAGUCUUAUAUUGUAUUCAGGGCAUUGUCUUUGGCCUUAACUGCUGACUAAUAUUGCAGUUUUUAUGUUUAAACAAUUUGGGAAAAGGUUCUGAAAGAGUAAGGUAGCCUGCAUCUAUACAUAGACAGAAAAUAAAUCAGUCAGUAAACAGCCAGUAUUACAUAUGCAGAUUAUUUACAAAUGCUUAUAGAAAUGCUAUAUACAAAUAAAAAUGGCUUAUUUUUAAUAUAUAUAUCCUUGGAUGUUAAGAUGGUCUAAAUGUUUUUUUUUUUUUUGUUUUUUUCUUUUCAUGGAAAUGUUAAGUUAAGCUAAGUGUUCUACUCUAAUGCGAAGUUCUACUGGGGGGGUGUUUGUUUUGGUGCCAUCUGGUGGUUGUUUAGUUUUACAGGCAAAGCGCUUUUAAAUUAAGAAACAGCAUAUUUCAUAUUUAAAAUGGCUUAAUUAUAGUUUGACAUGUAAAUGCUUAGCUUGCAGAAAGAAGUUUUUAAAAAAAUCAAACUCAUAUUUUGCAAGCAGUGCUGAUGAAGGAGAGUACUUUUAUUUUGCUGCCUUGUAGAGUAGCUCAGUAAUGGACUGAGGUAACAUUAAUUUGGUUGUCAUUACACAUUGAAAACCUGUUGGGAUUAAGAAGGUAAUACAAAGACAGAUAAUAUUAGAUUGUAUUUGAGAGUAUUGUAGAAGGUUAUCACCAAUUAUGACUUGCUUUUUGUCCAGAGAUGCCUUUGUAAAUAUAAAACCCCACUUUCAUGCCGUUACAUCCAGUUUAAAACGUUUUCAGGAUACCAAAAUACAGGUGUGCCUUUUGUUGUUCUACUGCACUGAUAUCAGUUUCAUUUUACCAGUAUGCAAACACGUUUACGAGGUGCCUAAUGUUUGACUUUUUUUUUUGUUAAGUGAAAUCGAGCUGUCUUAACCUUUAUCGAGCACUUGUUUACCAAGAACUGUUUUCUGAUUUGCUGUCCAGCAGUUUUCACUCUGAGCUACUUAUGAAAAAUGUUUAUUGCACUACUGCUCCUUUGCUCUCAGACACUGUUGCAGUUCGUUAAAGCUGAUCCAAUUCAGUGGGGUGACUUAUUUAACUCUUCUUCUUGGGUUCUUGGGACCGUAUGUGGUGCACGUUGACCUGGUUCAACAAGCUCUGAUUACUGUACGUUUAUUUUGUGUCCUUAAAUAGAAAAUUAUUGUAAACCUGGUAUGGAGUGUUCCGUCAUGGUGGCCUUUUGGAGAUGGUAAAUGAAUAUUAAGCAGAGAAUGGCAAAAUAAAUUAGAAUAUAUACA